UGUCUGCCGUAGGCCCGGCAGCCUCCACCCUUUCAAUGCCCGGGUUUCUCUGGGACUGCUGGCCUUCCCUGGACAUCAGAGCGGUGCUGCGGGCCAUGGGCUGUAUCCAGAGCAUCGGGGGCAAAGCCAGGGUCUUCCGGGAAGGCAUCACGGUGAUCGACGUGAAAGCCUCUAUCGACCCCGUCCCCACCAGCAUCGAUGAGUCCUCCAGCGUGGUGCUCCGCUACCGGACGCCCCACUUCCGUGCCUCGGCCCAGGUGGUCAUGCCGCCCAUCCCCAGGAAGGAGACCUGGGUAGUGGGCUGGAUCCAGGCGUGCAGCCACAUGGAGUUCUACAACCAGUAUGGGGAGCAGGGCAUGUCCAGCUGGGAGCUCCCGGACCUCCAGGAGGGCAAGAUCGAGGCCAUCAGCGACUCGGACGGGGUGAACUACCCCUGGUACGGCAACACCACGGAGACGUGCACCAUCGUGGGCCCCACCAGGAGGGACUCCAGGUUCAUCAUCAGCAUGAACGACAACUUCUACCCCAGCGUCACGUGGGCCGUGCCCGUCAGCGAGAGCAACGUGGCCAGGCUGACCAACAUCUACCGGGACCAGAGCUUCACCACGUGGCUGGUGGCCACCAACACCUCGACCAACGACAUGAUCAUCCUGCAGACGCUGCACUGGCGCAUGCAGCUCAGCAUCGAGGUGAACCCCACCCGGCCCCUGGGCCAGCGCGCGCGGCUGCGGGAGCCCAUCGCCCAGGACCAGCCCAAGAUCCUGAGCAAGAACGAGCCCAUCCCGCCCAGCGCCCUGGUCAAGCCCAACGCCAACGACGCUCAGGUCCUCAUGUGGCGGCCCAAGUACGGGCAGCCGCUGGUGGUGAUCCCGCCCAAGCACCGGUGACAGCCGGGGCGCCGCUCGCGCAGACUCCAGUGGCGACCCAGCCCCCACACGGACGCCCCCUCAUUCAGCAAAAUACAACCAUUCUACCUUGCCCAG